AUGGCGGAUCAAGAAGAGGAGGAUUUGAAGAUGGCGUUGAGAAUGAGCAUGCAGCAGCACGAGUCUCCGGAGCCGAAGAGGAGCAAACCGGGGGAUGACUCCAGAGAAGUGCCGGAGGAGUCGCCGGAAGUGAAGAAUCGUCGAUUGCAGCGGGAAUUGAUGGCUGCUGCAGCGGAGAAGAGGAUGGCAGCAACCAAAAGCUCUGCGGUAUCGGUUCUGAAGAGCGUGGAGAGUGUAAAGGACGUGAAAAUUAGUGGUUCUGGAGAUGAGGGAAAGGGUAAGAGCGUUAAUUUGGAGAAAUGCAAGGGCAAGAGUGGAAAUUUGGGGACAGAGUUGUCCUCGGUGGAGGCUCACCAUCUAUUUGCGAUUAUAUUUGGGAGUGAAGUUAGUAAAGAUGUUCUUGCACAGUGGAGUAAUCAGGGCAUUAGGUUUAGCCCUGAUCCAGAAACAUCUAUGGGGCUCGUGCAGCAUGAAGGUGGGCCUUGUGGUGUGUUAGCAGCCAUACAAGCUUUUGUACUCAAAUAUCUUCUAUUUUCUCCAGAGGAAUCUGAAGUUGCUCCAAACAUUUCAACAAGAUUAGGUUUGAGAAGAGCGGCCAAGAACGAAUAUGUGGCGGGAGAUAUUUUUUCUCUUUCCGAAGACAAAAAAUCAAGAGCCUUGGUGAGGAGUAUGAGUGAGAUACUCUUUCUGUGUGGAAGUAAUGAAAAAGCUGUAAUAACAUCGCUCAAUGUUCUUGAUGGUGACAUUGAGGGGUCCGUUGAAUGCCCCGCGGACGAGGUUAUUGCAAAAGCACUUGAAGAUCUUUCAAUUGAUUCUGGCUCUGACUUGCAGAAGGUUCUGAGAGUUCACACAUACACUUCGCGCUCAAGUGCAUUUCAGAAGCUUCAAGCAAUGCUCCCUGCUUUUCGUAGUCGUAUGGGAGCAUUACUUUUUCUAAUAUCUGCCUUGCUUUCUCGAGGACUGGAAAACGUUCAAGCAGAUAGGGAUGACCCCAGUCAACCAUUGGUAACUGCUCCAUUUGGGCAUGCAUCACAGGAAAUCGUAAACCUACUGCUUUCUGGAAAUGCUGCUGCUAAUGUGUUUGAUGGGAAGAUGGAUUUAGGAGGUGGCAUGUUUGUGAAUGGCAUCUCUACACCCGUGGAAGUUGGAUUCCUCACUCUGCUAGAGUCCCUCAAUUUUUGUAAGGUUGGCCAGUAUCUGAAAUGUCCAAGGUGGCCAAUAUGGGUAGUGGGAAGUGAAUCUCAUUAUACGGUGUUAUUUGCUCUUGAUACUAAAGUCCAGGAUGAAAAUGAACUUGAAAGUAGAGAAUCACAAAUCCGGAGAGCAUUUGAUGCCCAAGACCAAAGUGGAGGUGGUGGGUUCAUUAGCGUGGAAGGCUUCCAUCAAGUCCUAAAGGAAACAAACAUUAACCUUCCGUCCGAGAAGCUUGAGCAUCUUUGCGGCACGGGUUUCAUUGUUUGGAGUGAAUUUUGGCAGGUUCUUUUGGAUUUAGAUAAGAGUUUAGGUGGUGUGAAGGAUUCAACAGGAUUGAUGGGUAAGAAGGUCUUUGAUCUUUAUCACUUUAAUGGGAUAGCAAAAUCAAUUGUGAACGGCAGCCAGGCAUUGUCUGGAACUGAAAAUCCGAUACAACGACCUAGACUGACAAAAUUGAGAGUUUCAGUUCCCCCAAGGUGGACACCAGAGGAAUUCAUGGCAGAUGCAUCAGGGCCUUCUGGCGAGAAACAGAAUUCAGUUGAAGUAUCUAAACCUGAGCCGCCUCAGCAUGCACCAUUGGUCGAUUGCAUUAGAACUCGUUGGAAUCGUGCGCGGGUUGAUCAAUUUCACAGUGCUAGUCAUACACAUUUUCUUACGGUUAAGCCUAAAUCUUUAAUUUCCUCGGAUAACUUCUACGGGGUUUUGCUGAAAGGAAUGCCAGCGCUGCCUUCGGGUCCUCCGGGCAGCACAAUGACAUUGGAUUGCAGGGCUGACAAGGAUCACCUUGAAGAUGUAUAG